AUGCCGCGACGGCGGCCUCCUCGAGAUGGUCACGUCAAUAACUUCAUACUACUAGCCGCGGCCAUCCUCUUCCUACCAUGGCUUGUCGACGCUCAGCAGCAGCAGCGACCCGCGGUCCGGCGGAACGAGUCACCUCAUGAAGGCAACAAUAGGAUCGAGGUGACUAAGAUACCUCAUUCCGUGGAGACACCUGCCAGUUAUGGGAAACGCAAGAACACCAUAGCCCCCAAUAAGGGUGUGCAGAUCAACAACAACAAUAUUAACGAUGCGAGCGCCAUCGCAACUUUGGCUCCGGCAAAAUCUGCCGUUGCAGCACCUCCUACAAGACGGCCCCUCCAUACUACGGUUGGGCUUGGCUCGCCGCACAUUGCGCGGAGUCUUGAGGAUUGGGAAGUAGAAGACUUUGUGCUUCUGGCGACCGUCGAUGGGAAGUUACAUGCCAGGGAGAGGAAGACUGGCAGGGAGAAGUGGCAUCUGUCCGUGGAGAUGCCCAUGGUGAAAACCGAGUACCACCGAAGAAACCGAUCAACGGCCGACCCGAACUACGACCCAAAAUCGAUUGACGAGUACUUGUGGAUUGUCGAGCCGAGUCGAGAUGGUAAUUUGUUCCUGUACAUUCCCAGUGGACCCGGCCGCGGGUUGAUAAACACUGGUCUUACAAUCAAAGGGUUGGUUGAAGAGACGCCAUACUAUGACGAAACCAUGGAAGUCGUAUACAAUGGUGGGAAGAAGACGAGCAUGGUCACCGUUGAUGCAAACACUGGGAAUGUGAUAAGCUAUUUUGGCUCACAAGGUGCCAUGGGAAACCAGAAUUGCAAGGCUUCAGAUGGCCGAAUGGAUUCGGAAGAAGAGUGUCCUAAAGUGGCUACAUUGACCCUGGGUAGAACAGAGUAUGAAGUCACAAUUCAUGGGUAUGAAGAUGGACGACAUAUCACCACCCUCACAUUCUCGGAAUGGGGUCCGAACAACUUUGAUCAAGAUCUGCAACGACAGCACCACAAAUCCCUCGACAACAAGUAUAUUUACACUGGGCACGACGGAGGGAUACUCGGGUUCGACUAUGACAGAAGAGAUCUUAACGAACCUAGACGAAUGUUCAAUCACAAAUUCUCCACUCCAGUGGUACGUGUGUUUGACGUGGCUAGACCGUGGAGUGUUGACAAAGGCGAUCCUAAUCUGAUUCUGCUGCCACAACCGCUACCACCAAGCAAUGAGGACGUGACUUCGCUCAACGAGAGAGCCAGCAGCAUCUUCCUCAAUCAUACCGAGGAUGGAAGCUGGUUUGCUAUGUCGGGAAAGGCCUAUCCUUUGGCUGUUCGAGGUAUUAGGCCAGCGCAAUGCAAUCAACAAAGCUGGUUGGAUCACCAUCCUCAAUGGGAUGUCAUGGAUCAUGAUCGACUUUCAGAGGCGCUGGUUGGGCUACACUCUAUUGAAGUUGCCCAGAUUGUCAACCCCUUGACCAUAUCUGGGUAUACGGAGGAGAACAACAGCGAUAUAUCGGCGCCAGUUGAAAAUGCUGUCGACAUACUUGGGGAUCUGACCUUCCCGCAACUUCUACGUCAACUCCCUCGCCAAGCAUUCAAUUAUCUGCGGGACUUCUUCCACAAUCCACUCCUCUAUUGUCUGAUAGCGGUCUUUGUUAUCAGUAAACAAAGAGAGGUUCGCACACAAAUCGGUCGCAUGUCAGAUAUAUGGGACCAGAAAGUCGAUCGGAAAUCGCAAAGUGUCGUUCUUAAGACAUCUGAUCUCGGUGACCGUCUCCCAGCCGUUCCCGAGGGAGAGGUUCUGGACGUACCUUCUCUGGGCGGACCAUCCGACGUGCCAUUGGUCGAAAUUAAAGAAACAGUCGCUCCGAAUGGGGCGGCAGACAAGUUGCCACCAAUCACAAAUCUUGAGACUCCAGCAGAUCAAAAGCCACCUGGAAGUCCGGAGAAAGAGAAAACCAAAAAGGCACAUCGAGGUCGCCGUGGGGGUGUCAAGCACAAGAAAGGCCGAGCUAGUUCUCAAGGUGCAUCGGAUGAUGGAAUUGUAACACCAAAACCUCCGCCAACUGUUGAAGAUGCUGUUCGAAAUGCUCAGAAGCUCGGUCAGCAACCUCAACUUGAGCCUGAUAUCCGUACAAUACCAAGCGACCCUCAAGAAGUUUCUGGACCAAUCAUACGAAUUGGAGCUCUUGAAGUCAACACUGACAGACUCAUCGGGACUGGUAGUAAUGGCACAUUAGUCUUUCAGGGUAAUUUCGAUGGACGUGAUGUUGCCGUUAAGCGGAUGCUCAUCCAGUUUUUCGAUAUUGCAUCACAAGAAACCAAGCUUCUAAGAGAAAGUGAUGACCAUCCAAAUGUCAUUCGUUACUAUGCCCAACAAAGCGCGGGAGAGUUCCUCUACAUUGCAUUGGAGUUGUGCCCAGCAUCUCUUGCCGAUGUCAUCGACAAGCCUCAAAACAACCGUGAUCUGGCACAGGCUGGUGAAAGAGACUUACCUAACGUUCUCUAUCAGAUCACCAACGGUCUUCAGCAUUUGCACAAGCUCCGAAUCGUCCAUCGAGACUUGAAACCUCAAAAUAUCCUUGUCGCGAUGGGCAAGGAUGGCAAACCCAGGCUUCUUGUUUCUGAUUUCGGCCUUUGUAAAAAGUUAGAGGGCGAACAAUCAUCGUUCCGUGCGACAACAGCGCACGCUGCAGGUACUUCGGGCUGGCGCGCUCCAGAACUUCUCCUCGACGACGAUGCCAAGGAUGGUCGGGCUCAUCAAGCAAUGGUUGAUGCUAGCACUGAUGGUAACUCUGGAUCCCUCCUGCUCAAUCCAGAUCUGCUUCCAAACCGCAGAGCUACACGUGCCAUCGACAUCUUCUCGCUUGGCCUGGUCUUCUUCUACGUCCUGACCAAAGGCUCUCAUCCUUUCGAUUGCGGCGACAAGUUUAUGCGCGAAGUCAACAUUCGAAAGGGACAGUACAACCUCGCUCCUCUUGAAGUUCUCGGGGAUUAUGCAUUUGAGGCGAAAGAUCUCAUUGGCUCUAUGCUCCAAGCGGAUCCAAAACAACGACCGCAAGCGCGUCAAGUUAUGGCACAUCCAUUCUUUUGGUCGCCAAAGAAGCGUCUCAACUUCCUCUGCGACGUCUCCGACCACUUUGAGAAAGAGCCGCGUGAUCCUCCAUCCUUCACUCUGGCAGAAUUAGAGAAGCAGGCCCCUUACGUCUGUCGUCAAGACUUUCUCAAGCACUUGGGCAAGGACUUUGUUGAGUCAAUGGGCAAGCAGAGAAAAUAUACAGGAACCAGACUUCUGGAUCUGUUGCGUGCUCUGAGAAAUAAGAAAAAUCACUACGAAGAUAUGAGUGAGAAGUUGAAGAAAGAUGUUGGCCCAUUGCCGGAUGGAUAUCUGAGUUUUUGGACAAGACGUUUCCCAAAUUUAUUGAUCGUCUGCUGGGAAUUGGUUUAUCAAGUGGAAUGGGAUGAAACGGAUCGUUUUAGGGAGUACUAUUUGCCUGCUGGUCUUUGA